AUGAUAGAAUUGAUUCACACAUUUCUCAACUUAGCAGCUCCCCCUUUCACCUUCUUCUCCCUUUCGUUUUUGUUGCCGCCUUUUCAGACAUUCAAGUUUUGCCUCUCUGUUUUGGGUACCCUUUUCUCUGAAGAUGUUGCAGGCAAAGUUGUCCUCAUUACCGGUGCUUCUUCCGGCAUAGGCGAAAGCCUAGCUUAUGAGUAUGCUAAGAGACGGGCAUUCUUGGUUCUGGCGGCCAGGCGAGAAGGAAGUCUUGCUGACGUGGCUGAAAGGGCACGUGAUUUUGGGUCGCCAGAUGUUGUGAUUGUACGUGGUGACAUGUCCAAGGUGGAGGAUUGCAGGAGGGUUGUUGAUCACACAAUGAAUCAUUUUGGUAGAUUGGAUCAUUUGGUGAAUAAUGCUGGAAUUUCGUCUCUUGCCAUGCUGGAAGAGGUUGAUGAUGUCAUUGAUUUUAGAGCCGUUCUGGACGUGAACUUCUGGGGUUGUGUGUACAUGACGAGGUUUGCAGUUCCAUACCUAAGGAACAGCCGAGGCAGAAUUGUGGUGCUUUCUUCGUCUGCUUCGUGGCUGCCUGCACCUAGAAUGAGUAUUUACAAUGCUAGCAAAGCUGCAAUUUCUCAGUUUUUUGAAACCUUGAGGGUGGAAUUCGGACUGGACAUCAGGAUAACACUCGUUACGCCUGGAUACAUAGAAUCCGAGAUCACUCAAGGCAAAUUCUACACCAAGGUUGGCAAACUUCAAGUCGACCAGGACAUGAGAGAUGUACAACUGAACCUAAUGGCGGUGCUUGGGGCAGAGAGAUGCGCGAAGGCAAUAGUGAGGAGUGCAGUCCGUGGAGAGAGAUACUUGACGGUUCCUGCUUGGUUUAAAAAGCUCUUCUUCCCAGAAAUGGUCGAGUGGAGUUUCAGGUUGCUUUCAAUGGGUGACUCACCACUCGGCAAGAAGCUUCUAGACUAUUCGAGAGCCAAGAGU